AUAAGAAAUCGUGCCUACAAGAAAGGAAUGUGCCUUGUGCUGUUUGGUGAUUUAGUGUAAUUUUUUCAAAGAAAGUAUAUUUUUUAGAAAAAUAUUUGAAAAACUCAGUGCCUGUAGUGUGUUCUCGAUUUUUAGUGAUUUAUUGUAAUAAAAACGUGUUAGAACACUAUGGCGUUACGGAGGAUGUGUAUAUGUUUGGCGUUUUUCGUGGUGAUUGCCUUCUCGCAGAGUUCAGAAGCCCGCCACGCGACCAAGCGUGAAGCGAGCGACUACGCAGAAGUUCCACAGAACGAUGGAACGGAAGACGAAAUGCUUAACGAUUAUGGCGGAGAACAGAAUGAUGCUGAUGCAGGUGACGACGAUGAGGAAGUAGUCAAUGCUGAGAUCGUGACGAAACCCAACCACUAUAAACCAAAUCUGGGUGAUAAUUUACGGCUCGAGUGCAAGACGCAGCCUUCAGAGAACGUGAUUGUGAGCUGGACAAAAAAUAAAGACGAAAAACUUUUCAUUGGUUCCAAACAAGUGAAAGUUGAUGCCAUCAGAUUUUCUCUUGACAGAACGGAUCUGAUUAUCCGCGACAUUACUCAUGAAGACAGCGGCACGUAUACCUGCGAUAUUCUGCAGACUACAACUACACAGGUCACGCAUAUCGUCUUCGUCCACGAACCUGCAAAGAUUAACAGGUUAACCGCAUCGAAGACAGACAUCGUCGAAGGUGACGAAGUGUUGCUGACGUGUAAUGCUACCGGCGUACCACCGCCGACCAUUUAUUGGUCACGGUCAACCGAUGGUGGAAACACGACCACUGGCCUAACGGACGCGGACGGCGAGUUCUCCGCAAAUGCAAUCUUCAUGAAAAACGUCCGGAAAGAGCAAUCUGGAAUUUACUAUUGCCUUGUUGAGAACACUGGAGCACGCAAACCUGUAUUAAAGUCAAUCACUAUCAACGUUGCUAGCAAACCCAAAGUGCACGCUCACAAGGGAAUUGUGAACACAGCUGUUGGAACGGAAGCCGAAUUGAUCUGCACUACUCAUUUGAAUCACGCGGAAAUCAUUCCCGUGAUCCAAUGGUAUAAGGAUGGCAAGUCGAUCGAAGAAGCGCGCGUCUCCAGCUAUACCGUCAGCACCGAAGGAGCUCGCUCCAUUCUCAAAAUCAAGCCCGCGACAGACGCCGACUUUGGCACCUACACUUGCACGGCAAGCAACCGCCAUGGAUCUCACAGCAGACAAAUCGAGCUGGUGCAACACCCUGUCAUCGAAGAUUUCAACGUGGACGGACCCAAAAUCACGUGGACAGUCCAUUCGCAUCAGCAGCUUGAGGAUAUGGAAUUACAAUUUAGAAACGUGAAUGAGACAACCGGAAAUUGGGAGCUCAAGAGCGUACCAAUCCCAGAGUCGCAGAACGGACCCAAAUAUGGUGUUAUUUAUGAAAUAAAAGAUGCAGAUCUAAAAGACGGCCAAUAUGAGGUGCUGGUUAAAGUUAAGAACAGCAAUGGCUGGAGCAAGCAGAGAGACCCUGUUUUCAUAAACAUAGAUCGCCGACCGCAGCUGAUGAAAUCUUCAGAUGUUCUCAGAGGUUCUCUUCUUGGCAGCAGCGCAGCCCUUCCGCCAUCAUCGGCCAUGCUUUCAACAAUCCUGAUGUACCUUCUCGUGCGGAUGUUCUGAGCUAUUCAACUGCAUUAUUUAUUGUUAGCAUAAACGACACUUAAAUUUCUACCUUAACGUCCAGUAAUUAGGGCCAAUCUUAAAGACUUUUCUGAUAAAUUUGGCUUAUAUUUUAAAUCCAGAUACCUAAAACCACACUCCACUGGAUAAAGUCCUCUCAAAGCCCUAUUAAUAAUGGUUCCACAGGUAUAAUGCAAGAUGUGGUCUGUUCAAAGAUGGUCUUGCUUUGUUUGGCAAGGUAGCUAUGGCAGAAAAACUGCAACACAGGAAGACUUAUUUGUCAUCCUCUGUCCUUAUUCCUUAGUUACUAGUUACAACACCCAAGAGAACACAUGGGGUAGCUGGACAUUAUAUAUGUUUAUAUACAGCUUUACAACUUUAAAUUCAAAUAACGAUUUGUGUUGCAGGCACAUUGAAAAAUGUCAAACUUGUAACUAUAUUCAGGGUAUUAAUUAAAUUGCAUUACACCACCGGAAGGUAAUACCACCCAUCUGAAAAACAAUCAGCUGUUUCGUAGUAAAUGCCAUACUCACUCGCUUAAAAUAGAUAUGAUACGAAAAGCGUAUUUUAUUCCAUCCGUACAAUAAUCGUAUAUUUAAAAUUUUGCUUGUAAGCAGCAACGUUACAAUAUGGGUAUAUUGUCUGUCUUCACUGGUAUAACCUUAUUUCAGCGUUAUUAUUCUUCGAUUUUAAAAACUAGACCACCUAUAUAAGGCCGAAAUGCGCUCAAGAAGUAGCAAUUUAUCCAUUUUAGUCUCAAAAACAGAUUUCGAAUAGGUGCGCCGAGUCAAAGUUAUGUGUUAUAUUACCACACUGAAAUAACCUUAUAUCCACAUUGCCAUUUUUCGAUCACGAGAUUUAUUUACUGGUUUAGUCAAGCCUGGUGGUACAAUUCUAUAUUCUUGCGACUAGAAUCGAUCGAUUAAAUUAAUAUUUUACCUUACAAAUAAAAUUAUGAAUACUCAAUUGUUGUAACGCUGGGAAAUAAGAUAUGUGGAAUCAAACUUUUUCGGGAGGAACCAAUCAACAACAUUUGUAGGUGAGAGGUAAAGGACUUCAAGAAAAUAUUUUGGAAAUUAGAUGCUUUUACAAACAUUGCUUUAGAAUGUUAAAAAUGAUGCAAUGGUAAAAGGUAUUAAGUCCAGUCGUCAUUUUUUUUUAUUUAACAUGCUUUGUUUGCCCUUAAGUUUGUUUCUGCCUAAUCAAGAGCCUCAUUCUCUUUAAAAGGCUCUGUAGUAAAAAUAUUUUCUAUUUAGGUCUUGAGAUUCCAUACCUCUCACGUACAUUACAAACUGGAAUAAACGCUGUAAAAUUGAUGUAAUAUUUGUACACCUACGUUAUUAUUCCAAUAUUUCGGCCAGCUAAAAAUGUAUACAAUUAAGUCAACACCAUGUGUAAUAAAAACGGUAGAAAUUUAAAUGUCGAGAAUUUUAGAUAUUAAGUUUAAAAAUUUGCUAUUGAAUGUAAUAGAAACAGCUUGUGAACGUAUUAUUGUUGAUGGUUAAGAAAUUCGCUUUCUAGAAAAGUAUAUUUUGGUAAAAUUGUCUUUAACAAAAGGGUUCCGUAAUUAGUACAUAUAAAUUUGUUGUACAAAAUAUUUAUCACCCCCAGUGAUUUAUGUUCCACAAUUUUUUUUAAUAAAGGCUGGUAGACUACAUUUGGAGCACCGCAUUGGUGCAGAAUAUCGAAAAUUUCGUCGAAUUGCACUAACAACAAGUUUGUUGAAUAACAGCAACAUGUUAGGCUUCAAAAGUAACUUAUGAGCCUUUAAAAUAUUGUACAGUUUAAUUAAUAAGUGACGAUAUAUAAAUAGGCGUAAAGACCAGGGGGACAGAUUCUCGUGCAACAGGGAAAAGGCCACAGUUAUAUAUCAAACGAUGAAAGCCUAUUGGAAAUAGGGCUGCUUGUUCAUUAAGAACACAAAAUUAUGAAUGUUUAGUAGUAACACUUCUAAUGGUAAAGUAAAACACCGUGAUGAAGCCUACGUCGAAGAAGGUUGACAAACUCUGGAACAUAUGUGAAGUCUCGCACUGGAUAGUGGACUAAAUACGAAGAGAAAUAUCAAAAGAAUGUAUCGCAAACAUUUUUUGGUAUUGUCAGAAUCUCAAUAUGACAUAAGACAAGCCUGAGUGCUCAAUACCCAUGGUUGGAGUUAGGAAAGAUAAUGUGUUUUCAUGGAUAACAAUAAGACAGAUAUGUCAAUAUUUUAACAUAAAAUAGAAUCAUUUAUUUCAUAUUAUCAAUAUCAUGUUCUAUCAUCAAUAUCACAAUGUUAUAAUCUAAAGUAUGUACCACGACGGGAUGCUUUUCUCAAAUAGCAGUUUAUUUGAAAAGCCAAAUUCUUCAGGAAGUUUAUCUAUAUAUCUAUCGAAUUAUAAUUAUUAAGACAAUCGAUACAUAAAGAAUAUGCACAUGUAAAUGUGACUGACAUGUGAAAUGUGUAAAUGUACAACAGAAUGUGACAGAUGAUGUAGUGACCAGGAUAGAAAAGGGAAUGCUUCGAUGGCUUGGCCAUCUAAAGAUGAUGGAUGUAAGAAGACUGAUAGCACAAAUGUAUAAAGCGAAUGUGGAUGGAAAUGUGGGGAGAGGUUAUACAUCGAGGUACAAUCUUGAUCAAAAAAGGAAAGUUCUUAGGUAAGGAUAAAUUAAAAGUUUUUAAAAUAAACGGGCAUGAAUGAAGUGACUGAUGCAAGAAGGGGAAGACGAAUCAGGGGAUCUACUCCCGUUCUACGUCCCAGAUGCGUCCGAAACUGUCAAAUAAGUAAUACUCGAACAAAUUAAUUAUAUAAAUCUUUCGCAUCAUGCGUCUUUAAUUUGGUCGAGUAUUACUUAUUUGACAGCAAUUAUUUGGGACAAAUGUCGGAUGAAGAACGAAAAUACAUGGCCAGGUUUAUUAGGAUCGCAACGAGUGGAGCUUCACGAGCUCUGCCUGAAACUCAGGAAGACAAUCGUGAUGGUAUGUUCGUGUACAUUUCAAAAUCUUUCAAGUCAAGUUUUAUGUGAAUAUAGCUCCGUCGUUUUACUCCACGAUUCCGCCAACGUCAGGGCUGAAAGACUGAACAGUAUGAUGAGACAAAUUGAAGGCUAUUGAAAGGUAUUUGCGGUUAUAAUUUUUUUUUCUAAAACUUUUUACUAAAAUGACAUCAAGAUUUUUCCAAUGCACGAGAAUUGGUCCCCCGAAUGAUUCGAAGCGGAGAUACUUAAAUUAAAAAUGACAUUUGAGUUACAGUAUGCUAAACGUAUUUCUUAGGCGUUCAAAUAUAUAUAAAUUACCAUUUUUCUUUGCUAGAAUGUUAAUUUUUGAGGUGUGUCAAAAUGGCAUAUAUAUAAUUGUAAAAAAUCUCCCCAAUAAGCCUUCAAAAUACCUCCUUAGUCCAUCUGACUACAUAGAUCGACCAAAAUGGAUAUCGAAGUUGUUGUAGAACCUGUUGGACAAUUAAACGUCAGACAUAAUCGAAAGCUUCAGGUAAUAGUUAUAGGCGUUUCAAAGCGUAUAAAAUUCAAUAUACAAUUCAUACAUAAAAGGGUGUACGACGAUUAGUGGUAGAUUCGCUUUUGAAAGCCGAGCCGAGGCGAGAAGAGGCAUUUUGUAAGCAGGGUGGACGUAAGAAGGUGUUAUAUCACUUAUAAAUGUAGGUUCCUUCAAGUUUGGAUUACGCCUUUUAUUUAACAUCUGGCGGAGGGGACUAAUCAGCCCGUCAUGUUGGGGCUGCAGCUGCAUGUAUCGUGUCGAAGCAAAGCGUACCGAAGCUUCAUAUGUUUUGCUUGGUAAAAAGCUAUCGCGCUAAUGCGGUGGUCACAUUAGUGGAUUAGUAAGUUUCAACGAAUUAUCGUGUAAAAUACAAUUUCCUGACGUAUAAUUAUGGGCGACAACGUUCUUGACUUCUACAUGCGUGCUAACAAUUACUUUUUUAUAGUUUCAAAAUUGUAUAAUAAUUCCAACACCAUUUCGUUGCUUCACUCCUAUCUAAAGUCUAAUUAGUCCGAGAACAACGGCCGAAAUUAACAACGAUAGUCCGACUACGCAGCACGAUGUUAAAACCCUUUGGUGUACCGCCACCCUAGGGAUAACAUGUACGCAGCCCGAACAUUCGCGACGAUAGCCGACAAUGGUUGGUUAUGCCUGUACCUGUAUCGUAUCAUUUUGCGAAAUUUCGUAACUCUAGACGCAGACGUAGCCCGGGUAUCACAUAAAAAAAAAGAAUAUCGUUUAUAUUUUUAUAAUAAAAAUUUAAGACACCGCAGGAGAAAGACAAAAUGACUAUGCACUCUAGUUAUGAAUUUAUUGACUAAGUUAACAAAAUAUCAUUAUUGAAAUUGCAGCACCUCUUUGACACACCUCGUGCAGUUCUAUUAUUACUUUUUUUUCAAUAAAUUGUAAAUAUACAUUGUAAUUAUAAUUUGUUUAGUAUUAAAUAUCGCUUAGAAUUAUAUUUGUAAUGCAAUUUCUACGUCUUACGUAAGUCUCUUUUGUUAUUUAUAAUUUUGGCCCAAAUAAUAUGUAAGUAAUUAUUAGUUUAUAGAAAUAAUACUUGUGGUGAGCCGGGUAUACAUAGAGAUUAAAUUAAAUUGAUUACAAUUAUUUUGUUAAAACUUGUAAACAAUAAUUUUUUUAAUGAGAACUCUAAAGAUUCGUUUCCCUAGCUCUUAAGUUUAGGAAUUAUAUUAAAGAAAUUUCUCCAACUGUGGGCGCAGGAUGACAUCCCAACAGGACUAAUUUGUGCCCUGGAAUGAAUUCCGUUACUCGUAGGGGUUUCCCUGGUUUGAGACCAGGCAGUGCGGUAGAUAGCACAUUAUUAUCAUAUUACUCUUAGAAUAAUAACGCAUAGAAACCUACUCCGCACA